ACACACGAGAGAGUCCCGAGUGGGCCACACGAGGGACACAAAUACACAUGCAGCAGUGAGUUUAUUUCACUCUCACGGCGGUGGCAUCAAGUGCCUGUUGGGGGCUUGCCUGUUGUGUGCUCUUACGCCGCGAUUGGAGAUGUGCGAACGACACGUCCCACGGACAGAACUACGAGAGAGAGAGCGGAUAUGGGCCUUCUGGACGAAGACGACGGCGUGGACGCGGAUGAUGAGAUGCACAUGACAUGGAGGUGCGGAUGCACAUUCGUGGAGUUCUGA